AUGCUCGACCUCUUCAAACACAUCCUGGAUUACCAGCCGAUGGUCGCGGAGCUGCCGGCGAAGUUGUUGCCGUUUAUCCCGGAUUACAUCCCCGCGGUGGGGGAGCUCGAUCCGUUCGUGAAGAUCCCCCGCGCGGAUGGCUCGCCGGAAGGGCUGGGGCUUUACCUGCUCGAUGAGCCCACCAUCCCGCAGUCGAACCCCGCCGUGGUGCUGCUGGAGCUGCGCGCGACGAACGCGCACGUCGGCGGCGUCGCGCCCGUCGUGGAUUCCUUCGAGGACGCCCCGAAUCGACCGGAGGUGAUCAACCGCUGGAUCGCCGACGUCAAGAAAGUUCAUUAUAAAAAGCCGUUGCCCACGGUGAACUACCCAAAGCCGAUGCCGGAUAUCAACACCCUUUUGCAGGCCUGGCCGACGGCGUUUGAGGAGUUUCUCAAUGCCGGUGGGCAGCUCCCGUCGCCGAACAUCGACCUCGAACUCGAGCAGUACGCGCGGCUGCUCUGCGUGCUGUUAGAUAUCCCUGUCUACAACUCCCUUAUCGACUCCCUUCACGUCAUGUUCACCCUCUUCGAGGAGUUCCGAAAUAAUCAGCAUUUCCAGCACGUCUAA